AUGGGGACUGACUGCCUUCAGUUUAAAUUUCCUAGAUUAUUUAGCCUUUCUUCUGACAAGGAUGGAUCUUUGAAAGACUUUAUUGCUAGGAAAAUUAGCUCAUCCAACUGGAAUCUCAGUUUUAGGAGACCCCUACUAGCUUGGGAGGAUGAUGCAACCCAUAAUCUGCAAGUUGUACUGGGUGAUGGCCCACCUUUAAGGCAUGGGAUGGAAAAUAGCAUGAGAUGGAAAGCUUCAUCUCAAGGAGCAUCACUGCUAUCGAGCAUCACCGCUAUCGAGCACCACUGUCGAUCUACUAUUGAAGCAUUACCCCCAGUCUCGUCAAUUUCACACACAAAUCCUCCUCCAAACCUAGGGAUCUCUGCUUCUGCCACCCAACCCCUUUCUUCAACCACUCCUUCUAAGUUGGCUGGUCAAAUUGCACGCAUUGCAACCAUUUUCCGAAUUGAUGAGGGAUUUGCAAAAGCAACCUGUAAUUUUACGACAUUGAUUGGUCAAGGGGCAUUUGGUCUAGUUUAUAAAGAUCAGAUGUUAACUAGUGAGACAAUUGUUGUUAAAAUGCUUGCAACUGAUUCCAAGCAAGAAGCAAAAGAAUUCCAAACAGAGCUAGCAGAAGCAGCAAAAGCACAAUUUUCACAUGAUUACAGUGAUCACCUUGCUCUUAUGAGGGCUGGAAAGAAGCUGAAAGAGACGUCGUUGGAUAUGAAUACUGCUGGACGAAUUUUGUUUCUGCUCAAUCAAUGAAAGCUAUUGAUGCUCUACGAAAGGAGUUCUACUCUUCACUUAAGGAAUAAGUUUUAAAUUUUAAUGCUAGAUGGAUGUGAAUUGGAUGAUUAUAUAGAUUACAAGUGGAUUUUUAAUUGAAGGAAUAUGUAGUUUGAAAUUACUUGUGGAUGAAAACUUAUAGUUGCUGACUUUAAUUAAACAAGUUCAGAAUUUGAUGAUUUAUAUAUUUUGUUAAAUGUUCAUGGUUCA